GGUGUGUGGGGGUGAGGAAGCUUUGCUUUUCUCUCUUUUUCUCUGACUUUCUUGGGAACAGAGUUUGGGAGACAAAGAAGUGUGUUCCCUUUUGCUGCCCUUCAGUCCCACAAGUCCAUCUGAGGUCCCCCCUUUUGGCCAUGUCUGGGGCUGAGAGGCUCCUCAUUGCACUGCUCCUGGUCUCAUGGGAUGGAAGUAACAGCCAACAAGAGGGGGAGAGAGAGGCAAAGCUACACGUGGAAGUGCUGCUGAAACCUGGUCAGUGUUCAGAGUAUUCUGCAAUGGGGGACAACCUGAAAAUCCACUACACUGGGAGGCUGGAUGAUGGGACCAUGUUUGAUAACUCUUUGGUGCGCGAUCCCUUGGAUGUUCAACUGGGGAGAAAGCAGGUUAUCCCAGGCUUGGAGCAAGGCCUUCUGGACAUGUGCACCGGGGAGAAGAGGAGAUUAAUGAUUCCAUCUCACCUGGCCUACGGCAAGCGAGGCCUUCCGCCGUCUAUCCCAGGAGAUGCUGCGUUGGUGUUCGAGGUUGAACUGGUGUCUCUGUUGAAGCAGACGUACUGGAAAAAGAAGCUGAAUGAAGUUGUGCCCUUGGCUUCCAUUGUGCUGAUCCCCGGUCUCCUGUGCCUGAUCGCUUACUACCUCUACACAAAAGCCACUGCCACCAAAGUCUCGAAAAAGAAACUCAAAGAGGAGAAGAGGAGCAAAUUAAAAAAGAAAUAAAUGUGUGUGUUUCCCCCCAAACCUCCCC